AUGGCUAUGACCGGCGGUCCGGUGAUCGUGGGCAUUCGCGAGACAACCGCGGAUACGGCGACCGAGGGUAUGGCGACCGAGGGUACGGCGACCGUGGAUCGCGGGUACGGCGAUCGUGGGUACGGCGAUCGUGGAUACGGCGAUCGUGGAUACGGCGAUCGUGGAUACGAUCGGCGCGGGUACGACCGGCGCGAGCCGCAGCGGGGCUCGCGGUCGCGGAGAAGCCGGCACUCGCGUGGCUCGGCAUCGCGGGCAGACGACCACGGCCCGCCGCGGGCCAAGGGAGAGGAUCCUGCGACGGCAGCGGAGCGCGAUGCGCGAACGCUGUUUGUGUACAACCUGGCGCGCGAGACGACCGAGGUUCACCUGGCCGACUUUUUUGCACGCGUUGGCGAGGUUGUCGCUGCCACGCUAGUUCUUGACCGCGCCACGGGCAGGACCAAGGGCGUGGCGUAUGUGGAGAUGGCGUCGCUGGAGGCGAUGCGGGCCGCGUUUUCGCUCAGCAACGUCCCGCUCAACGGGCGGCCGAUGAUGAUGCGGCCGUCACUGGCCGGCGGCAACCAGGGCCCACCACCGGUCCUUCCAGUAGGCCGUGGCCCGCAUGUGCGAGGCCCGCCGCCUGGGCACGUCCCACCGCCUGGGCACGUCCCGCCGCCUGGGCACGUCCCGCCGCCUGGUCGCGGCCCGCCGCCUGGUCGCGGCCCGCCGCCUGGUCGCGGCCCGCCGCCGACUGCGCCCAUCAUUCCGGUGAGCGAGGCUGUGGUUGACAGCCUCGACGGCGAGCCGCGCGGAUUGAUCCGUGGGGCAGCGUCGCGCAAGGCGCUUAUCUCGGCCCUGGCCUCGUCGCGCGGCAUUGCGCUCGACGAGCUGUCGUCGAGCUCGGCGUCGGCGCCUGCGCCAGCAGCGGUGGUCACCGCGACUGCUGCCGCACCCCCUGUUGGUGCCACCAAGGUCGCGGCGUCGGACUGCAUCCGGCUUGCCAACAUGUUUGAGCCACAGACAACCGCAGACCCCGAGUUUGAGGCCGAGCUCCGCGAUGACGUUGUCGACGAGCUCUCGCAGCAUGCAACCGUCAAGCACUCGUUUGUCGACCUCGCCGCGGGAUACAUCUACGCCAAGCUCAGCUCUGUGGCCGAGGCCGAGGCUGCACUCGCCCGUGUCGACGGUCGCAAGUUUGACGGCCGCCUUGUCGCCGCCCACUUUAUCGACCGCGUCGUGUACGACACAAAGUUUGGCCUUGCCUAGCCGCGGCGCCUAGCUGACCUUGGCCUUGCCGCCGCUCUCACCUCGUAGAGCCUUGAUCAGCCCACGGGUAAUCGGAACUGUCCACACUGCCGAAAGCACAAGCAGCAGCGCCAUCGAGAGGAAGCCGAACCAGGCCUGGACCGCGGGCACGCCGUCGAGCUCGGGCGUGCCGCUUAUGAUGUCGACCGCAACACCGUAGCUGAGCACGGAGAACAGGACCAGGCGGAGCGCAAUUUGCGUCACCCACAGCAAGAUGCCGGUAAACGUGAGGAAGAGCCCAGA